AUGGUAACUGCAUCUAACGCUUGCAUUCCUGCGAAUGCUCCGGUCACGGCCCAAGUGGCUCCCCUUCCCAAUACUACUCGUGGAGAACCCUGUCCACUGAAUGGAAAUGCUGGUCGAUUGAACUCUGGCAAAUCUCUAUUGGCGUAUCCCAGUGGCAAGUUUUGCGUUAUUCAGUCACUGAAGGAUGAUGAAACUCUGCCCAAUUCCAAGCUUUCAUCCCUCGUAUACAGAGGCCAUCAGUAUGCCACUUCUGUUGUGGAAAUUAGUACUUCGGGAGCCUAUGUUGCUUCUGGAGAUUCUCGCGGCCAGCUCCGUGUUUGGGCUCUAGAUCACGAAGAACACUUGCCCAAGUUGGAAACUACUGGUUUGACUAGUGCCAUCCGUGCCAUUGCCUGGGAUGGAGAAUCCAAGCGAAUUGCCUUUGCUGGAGAUCGAUUGGAUAAUACUAGUGUUUGUACACGUGCCAUUCAAUGGGAUACCGCCAAUUCCCAAGGAGUUUUGUAUCAACAUCAAAAGGGCAAAUCGUGUGCGGUGUCCUUCAAGCCCAACCGGCCCUUUCGUGUGGUGACGGGUGGAAGAGAAGAUGGAAAGUUGCACUUUCAUGCAGGACCGCCCUUUAAAAAAAUGCCUGCCGCGGGAGAUGCUCCUUGUGAGGAUGCACACUCCAAGGGAGUCAACUCCGUCAAGUACACUUCAGAUGGAAACUUGGUGGCAUCAGUGGGUGGAGAUAAGGGUAUCUGCAUUUACGAUGGAAAAACGUUGGCACUUACUGGCAAGUUGGAAGGAGUUCAUACUGGAACCAUUUAUGCUUGUGAGUGGAGUGGUGAUAACAAGAAUCUCCUGACGGCUUCGGCUGAUGGAACUUGCAAGUUGUUUGAAGUCAGUUCGGAUGGAACUUCGAUUACUGAAAAGCAUACUUGGAACGUGGCCGAAUUCCAGCUGGGUGCCCCAUGUGAAAAAGCUCCUAGAGGUGGAAUGCAAUUGGGCUGUACCUUUGUCGGAGGCAAUAUUCCCGUGUCCGUCAGUACCAAUAGUCAGUUGGCAGUCUUGCCAAUGCCUGAUGCUGGAGGUGACAUUAAGCUCAUUACUGGUCACUGCGCGCCCAUUGGUGCAGUGGCCUUUGAUCAUGCCAAAAAGGUCUUUUACACUGGAGACAGUGAUGGUAUCAUGGUCAAGUGGGAUUUUGAUAUGAUCAAGGCCGUCCAGCGCAUUGUUCCUGCUGACAACAAGGACCUCAUGUACACGGUUCAUAAGGGAGCCAUCAACGGAAUGACAAUCCUAAGUGAUGCACAAUUGCUGAGUUGCGGAUGGGAUGAUACUGCCAUGUACACCAAGGAUGGAGAAUUGCAAGACAAAAAUUUGGACAUUACGGCCCAGCCAACAGCAAUCGAUACUGGAAACAGUUUGACUGCCAUUCUGACUGUCCAAGGAAUCUUGUUGAUGAAGGAUGGUGCACAAGUUUCAGCUGGACUGUGUGCCAUUAGCUACGAUGCAAAUGUCAUUUGUGUGUCAAAGGACGAUAAGAAGGUCUACGUGGGUGGAAAUGACAACAAGAUUUACGUUUACGACAUUACUGGUGACUACAAGCUCACCGAAGCUCACGUUAUUGCUGAUGGGCAUCUUAAGCCGGUCCAUUCGUUGGCCUUGUCCAAUGAUGGCACCAAGUUGGCUGCUGGUGAUACUCGCGAUGUCUGUGUAUACAGUACUGCUGACUAUUCCAAAAUUAUUGGAAAGUCCAAAUGGUGCUUCCACUUGCAAAAAAUCACUUGCAUUGCUUGGUCAAAUGAUGACAAGCACCUCGCUACAGGCGGGUUGGAUGAUUCCGUCUACCUAUGGUCCUUUGAAAAGACCAUGAGAAAGUUGCAUUACCAAUUCACGCAUCGUGGUGGGGUCGUUGGUAUGGCUUUCCGUAAGGAUAUGGAAGGGUUGAAUUUGGUGUCCGUGGGAGCAGACUCCUGCGUGGUACAAUGGGACUUUACUGCCGAUGCUGCUGCCAAGUUUAAGUAA